AUGGAUCCCGAGGAAUCGACGGCGUCGCCUGUCGACCGCGGCGAGCAGCACCCGCCGCGUCCCAUGCCGACCGACCUCCCGACCUCCCUCAACGACCGUCGCCACGCCCCUACGGAAUACAUCGUCCCCGAGACGGAGAUUUACGACGGCUGGCAAGGCGAAUCCCAGUUUCUCACGACACCCGCCGUCGCGAAGCCGCUCAACUUUGCCAACCUCUCCCUCAACCACAACGACUACGAGGGUGACAUCACAAAGGGCCCCAAGGACAGCGACGCUCGCCUCAUGGAGAUGCUCGCCGCCCAAGCAGCCGCUCAACAGGCGGGCCACGGCGCCGAGGACGACAACGCCAUCGCUGAAAAUGACAAGAUUUCCGACGACGAGAAGAAGGAUGCCCUGCAAAAGUCUCUCACCAUGGCCGCCAGCAACGGCGACGUGGACAAGAUUACAAGAAUGCUUUCCGGCAAAGCCAAGGCGUACAUCGAUGUCAACGCGCCCGACGAGGAUGGCACGCCGCCACUCAUCUACGCAAGCUGCUUUGGCCACGAAGGCGUGGUCAAGGCUCUGAUCGAUGCAGGCGUCGACGUCAACAAGCAAGACCAGAACCAAUGGAGCGCCCUGAUGUGGGCAAUGACGAAUCGCCAUAAGAAUAUUGCCAAGCUCCUGCUCGACAGCGGCGCCUCCUCCGACCAAAAAACCUCCUCCGGCCGAACAGCGUUCGAUUUUGUGCCACCCGACAGCGACAUGUCCUUUUACCUCCAUGACAACGGUUAUAAUAUUGGCAACGCUGGAAUGGGCGACGACUUUUACAAUCCCGGGUUUUCUCAAGAUCGGUUUGAGGAAGAAAUGGCUGAGAAUGAGAUGCGCCGCCGACUCAUGAUGGAAAGUGCGCGCGAUCUAGAGGUUGACCUAGGAAACGUAGGCAUGGACGAUCAACCAGAGCCCGCGGAAGAAUUUGAAGAAGAGCAGCAGGAAUUUGACUGGGGGCGAUGUUUACACGACCAAAUGUUUGUUUUUCAAGAGCACGAACUCGACCGCAUACUCGACAUCAUUAUAACCAGGAUGACGCCGCAACGAUCGCCAUCGCAAAAACCGGUUCCAGCAAAUAUGAUUUUCCUCAGCGCGCGAUACGCACAUUACCACGCAAGCCCAGAGCUUUUGGAACGAUUGCUGGUCUCCGCGAUGGACCUUAUUAACAACAAGGUCGAGGCGUGCCAGUGGGACAUGACCAUUCUAGCCUUCUGGAUCUCCAACGCGACGUUGCUGCUACACUACCUCAAAAAGGAUGCGGGUCUAGUAGAGGCAACGUCGGAAUUUCAAACACAGCUGGCAGACCUCAUCAAUGAGAUUUUCAUCCUCAUCGUGCGCGACGCUGAGCGACGUCUGGACAAGGUGUUGGAUCCGGCCAUGUUGGACCACGAGACGAUCCCAGGCUUCGAGGACAUUACCUUUCAAAACGAGUGGAAGCUGUUUAAGCGAAAGACUGCGGUCAAACAAGAGCCGCUGGAAAAGCGGUAUAGGCCACCCUCGCCCAAGCAAAGAGCUAAACCGUCGCCGCGUAACGUCACAUCGCUGCUCUCCUCCACCGUGUUUGUGCUGGACCUGUACGACAUUCACUCGGUGAUUACGACACAAAUCAUUUCGCAACUACUGUACUGGAUUGGGGCCGAGCUGUUUAACCGCGUCAUGUCGAAUAGGAAAUACUUGGCGAGGACCAAGGCCAUGCAGAUUCGCAUGAACGUUUCACUUUUGGAAGAGUGGGCUCGGACCAACAACCGACAGGCCGAGCACUACGAAGGGGGCGAGACAAAGUCGACGGGCGAGACGACGGCAGGCGCAAGCCGGCGGCACCUGGCGCCCGUCAUCCAGCUCCUGCAGUGGCUGCAGUGCUUCUCGUCGCUGGUCGAAGACGACCUGGAGGAGCUCGUGGGGACCCUGCAGCAGCUCAAACGCCUGACGCCGCAGCAGCUGAUUCAUGCGGCGACGCAUUAUCGCGCCGAGGUGGGCGAGAAGCGGCUGCCCAAAAGCGCGACCAAGUACCUGCUAGAGAUCCAGAAGGAGGCGGCGCUGAAACGGGACCGGCGGCGGAGCCGAGCCGCGUCGCCGCUGCCCAAGACGGGCGGCGGCCCGGAAACGAGCGCGCCGUCGACGCCGGUCAAGAACAGCGGCGGCAAGAACGGGCUGGGCGCGUCGCCCUCGACCGCUCAGAGCACGCCGGCCCGCGGGGGCCACGACGUCGACGGCGGAGGGGACGGUUGGGAUGACGACGACGACGAGGCGCCGCCGAAUCUGCUGAUGGACCCGGCGCUGAUGCUGCCGUUCACGCUGCCGUCGGUGACGGACAUGCUCAUCUCGUACGGGGCGGGCUUCGGCGGCGUCAACAGGGAGCGCGAACGCAAGUACAUACCCACGGUGCCGCCCGAGUUCCUGGACAAGCUCGAGGUGGCGAGCGGCGGCGGGCGCAAGGACCCCAUGUUUGCGGAGAAGGACUGGGAGAACGAGGAGGUUUGA